AUGAGCUCACCGGUCGACAGCAAACGAGAUAUAGAUGCGGUAUUAGGUGUGCCUCCGCAUCCUUCCAAUACCACCACAGGCCAAAAACAUUCAAGCCGGAAUACUCACAGAAGACGACGAAGAAGGAGAUCAACAAGCGACCUUCACACUGAUCGCCCUACAUCAGAAACCGAUAUAGACCAUUUAUUAAUCCAAGCUGACUAUGCUCCACGUGCCGUCCUCGCAACACUCGACCAUCGCCAACUGUUGAUUACUACAUCAACACCAUCAAGUGCCAUUGACGCAAAUGCACAUAAAAGAGCCACAGUGCCAGCAGCCAAGACAUUAUUAGCCGUCAGAACGCUCACACCAGCAUAUGUCAUCAACUUUGUUAAUGGUUCAGAGGACGUUGAUGAGCUGAUUCAUAUUGGGGAUGUCACUUUGGAAUCCAAUCCGUUUUUGCAUGAUAUUAAUCAGGUUAUGGCUGUUGGUGAUGCUGAUGAUAAAAAUUUGAAUGGUGAUGGUGGUGUUAGAGCCAAGAGAUUGAAGAGGAAGGCUACCAUACUUCGUAAAUCACAGGGACGUCGACAACGACAUGUACUGCACUCGACUUUUUUAACACACGAUAUGAUUGGAGAGGGAAACGAGGAUAGCAAUGCUACACGAAUAGUCUUGCUCAACCCGUCUCAAUUUCCACCGUACUUGCACAUCCCUAUUGGUCGUGCUGCGGAAGAUAUUGAUCAGCUCGUUACUGUCGGAUCAAGAUGGAGACCACAUUCGCCUCGACUAGCCAAACAAGUAAAAGACAUUGAUGGAUUGUUGAGUUCUGGUGAUGCAGCUGCUGCCCAUAACGCUGCUAGUAGUAAUAACGCAGAAUCAUCACCCCAUCAAGCAGCCACUACACGAGUCAAGGAAACAAGUCAGUCGGAACGCAACUCGCUUGACGCAAGACCUAAACCCAAGAGCCGGUUACGCCGCUCCACAUCAUCACCUGAGUUCCCGAUUGAAUGGAUGGACGUGGAGGAAUACAGCUGGACUGCUGGUGUCACACUCUCUGAUGGUCCACGAGACGUUGACGAUGUACUACUUAUCGCUGCAAACGACGAUGAGUUGCAAGUACUCUUCAAAGACGGGCUAGAUGUUGACCGUAUCAUGGGACUCAGCAGCGACGCUAGUCCAGGCGCUGGAUCACCUGGUAAUUCCGCCAAUCCCCAAACCAGAAAACCGCAUACGCGCGAAGCAUCGCCAUCACCCACCGAAGCAACAAACCCACCACCAUCACCUGCCGCGCCAGCGCAUGCCUCUAAAGCCGCACAACGAGUAUCCUAUGUAGAAACAGAUGGCAAAGACGUUUUACAUCGUCACAAUACCACCAUCCGAACAACACCCACAUUUGCACAAAACGAAUUCGGACUUGAUAUUGAUGGUGUGCUUGGCCAUGGCAGGAAAUCGCAUCUGCAUUUCUCGGCACCGUGUCUUGAUGAGGAUUGCUAUGAUCAAGCUAAUGAAGACGAGAUUGAGCCAAGACGGAAUAGUAUUGGUGCGGAAGUCGUGCUGGAUGCGUCGCGUAAAGUUACGAGGUUUAAAGAGCCGUUGCAUAUUAUUAAGAGACGAAGUGGGAUUAAGAGGUCGCAGUCGUCACCGACAAAAUCUGUGCAAUGGCAGCCUCCUAAAGUCGUACAUCGUAGCAGAACGAAUCUCGAUAUUGAGCUAUACGUAUCAGCCAGCAACAACGAAGACAGCCCAACCACAGUGCAAAUGGACCCUCAAGACCGUCCUGUCCCCGACAUUUCCGAAAUCCUCAAAAUGGGCAAGAGCACAAGCACCAGCAACACCACAACCAAGAAAUCUGAAGAAGACGCUCUAGCAGGAGACGCACCAAUCCUCCGCACGUCAUCAAACGUCUCGUCGGCAGCAUCAUCACGACGCAACCAAAUCAAUCCUGCAACUACAGACAGAGCAAGCGCCAACCCUUCAGAAUCCAUGUCUCGAGGUGCAUCUGGUGGUUUGGCAGGUGCUUCUUCCGAAGGCCGUCUACUGUUUGGACCAAGGCGAUCGGUACCCUCUGAAUCUCGUACUCAUGGCCAUCAAAAGGAGGGCAAGCAAGUCAUCAAUCAGCAGCAUAGGAUUCAGACCCUGUCAAAUGAGAACCAGUAUCGUCAUUACUCGUGGAGGUCUGAACCUGAAUUGCAGAGUCCGCUUGAAUUGCCUGCUACGGAUAUCAAUGACAUGGUGGAGUGGGGGUUAAGGCUUGGGAAUAAGAGUGAACAAGUUUGA